AUGGCUGUAAUCUCCGACUUCGAGGAAGAAGAAAAGCAGACGCCAGCUUCUUCAUCGACUUGGAUCCCUGAUGCGAACGAGGAGGCCCUUCUUCAGAUCCUAAAGAGGAAGGGACCCAUCCCCUUAUUCGAGACUGUCGUCGAUCUUCUUCGCCGUCAUAGAAAAGUUCAUCGAGAAGAUGGACGUAGACGAGGCGAAGGAGAGCACGCCAAAGAAGCAAGGGCAAGUUACGGAGGAGACGACAAGGAAGCCGGGACUGUUAACAAACCAAACACUGGAAAUGCUCUCGACCUAAAGAAGUAUAGUUGGACCCAGACACUUAAAGAGGUUAACGUUAACAUCAAAGUUUCUCGAGGCACAAAGUCUAGAUUUGUGAUCUGCGAAAUAAAGAAGAACCACUUGAAGGUUGGGCUCAAGGGACAGCCUGCAAUUAUUGAUGUAAGUAGUGACGUUUUUCAAUCUGUCAAAGUUGAUGAUUGCUACUGGAGCAUUGAGGAUCAGGAAGUCAUAUCCAUACUUCUUACUAAACAAAAUCAAAUGGAAUGGUGGAAGUGUGUAACAAAAGGUGAACCUGAAAUCGAUACUCAGAAAGUAGAGCCUGAAAACAGUAAACUAUCAGAUCUGGAUCCUGAAACACGUCAAACAGUGGAAAAGAUGAUGUUUGAUCAGCGACAGAAAUCAAUGGGUCUUCCAACUAGCGAGGAGUUGCAGAAGCAAGAAAUUCUUAAAAAGUUCAUGGCUGAGCAUCCUGAAAUGGACUUCUCAAAUGCAAAAAUAACAUGAAAAGCA